AUUGACGGCGUGUUUGUCAUCCGGCCAACUAUAGCUUAUGCACCAUUUCAAGUCCGAUGUAUUAUGGAAAAUGGUGGGUAUACGGUGAUACAAUCAAAUACCAUCAACGACAUCGCCAACUUCAACCGAACGUGGCAAGAAUACGUCGAAGGAUUUGGUACGCUCACUGGAUCGCAUUGGUUAGGUUUGGACAAAAUGCAUAAUAUAACGUUUGGUCGUUUACAAGCUGCACACUUCUACGCAAAAGCUAUGUCCAGUCCAGAAUAUUAUGUAAGAGUAUACAUUGGUUUUAGUGUUGAAGAGAACUAUAAAAUGGAUUACAAUUUCCACCUAUUAGCAGACGGAUACAACGAUCUCGGCGAUUCCUUGAAUCCUUCAAGGGGACAACUGUUUACGACCUACGACGUGGACAAUGAUAAAAGUACAACUAACUGUGCGGUACGAUACGGGGCAGGUUUUUGGUUCAACAACUGUGCAUUUUGUAACCCUAAUGGAGUAAUUGAUGGAAUGACCGAGUCAGCUGAUACCAAAUAUGCUUACUGGUCAACUCUCGGAUCGGACAUUAUCACACAGUUCGAAAUACGUCUACAAAAAUACUAA